UUAACAAAGAACUGUAUUUUGAGGUUAAAAGCCCGGCAUCCUGUGUUUAUCUAUGUUUUUUCGUGAUUUUCUCAUUGAUGAAUUCGUGAUAAUAUUAAAUGUCUGGGUCCAUUAGACAAUUGGAGGAGCGUCAGUUGCCAGCGGAGGUGACACUGAUGCGAUGGUCACCCAAGAUGGAUCUCCUGGCGGUUGCCAACAAGAAAGGGGAAGUGGCACUUCACCGUCUCACCUGGCAACGUGUGUGGCUCCUAAACCCCCCAGAGGAAUCAGAAACCGUCUCCAACCUCUGUUGGAGACCCGAUGGGAAGCUCCUGGCAGUCACCUACCAGAACUCUCGAACUCUCCAUCUCGUGGAUAUCGAGAACAAGAACAUCCUUCACAAGAAGGGUUAUGAGUCCAAGGGGAAGGUGACGUGCAUCUCCUGGUUACCCAUGGACAAUCGAAUGUCCUCAGAUUCUGAUAACUCCUCGCAAAACUCGAAGUCCAUGGCCUCACCGACUGGCAAAUAUCUCCCACCUCUUCCAAGUCUCAACAGAGGAUUCAGUCAAGAGCCUGAGAGGAAGGACUUUUUGUUUCAUUCUCUGGACAUGCUCUUCCUGGGCCACGACGGAGGUGAAGUAACGAUGUACGUCUUCGGGAUGUUCUACUGUGGGACGAUAAAAGUAGGGCAAGGUUCAGUCUCGGAGAUAACUGGUGGCUCGGGCAAGCCCAUCUUCGUCUCCUCCAAGACCCCCCAGGGAAUAAAAGUGAAUCGUUUCUCCUGCGUCCUUCUGGAGAAGUCCGCCGCCUUCCUGAAAGUAGCGCAGGUCCAGGCGAACGUGGAGUGCCUCAUGGAUUACCUGUCCCACACGUUGAUGGCGAUAUCCGAAGCCUGGGAGACGAUUCUCCUCGAGAUGGAUGAGAAACUGGCGAGGUACGAGGAGUGCGAUGUACCAGGAACUCUCGCUGCCGAUUUCCUCGAGCUGCUGAUGAUCGGAAUCCCAACGCCCAAACUCAAGAACUUUCUUCUUCGAGAUUUAACCGAGAAAGGACUGAAAAAAUUGGGCCACAGCAUCGAAAUCUGCUACAGCAACAUUCAGAAACUGGUGCUCAAGCAUCUGAACAGUGUGGGGAUGGCGUUGGUCUAUCAGCUAUCAGAGAUGAGAGGAAUGGCGCGACUCGGUGGUCCCUAUGAAGCUUUGGGACUGAAGAACGAAGAAUCGAUCACAACAGCUCUUCAUGCCUCCGAAGCAUUCCUUGCUAAAUCAUCUGAGAUCCAACAGGUUAUCGAUCACAGCAUGAGGGACUACAAAGCAUUCUUCAGAUGGCUCUACGUCGUAAUAGCAAAAUUAACCGACGAGAGAGUCCCCUCAGAGGCCAGCAGAGUGAGUCAGCAAGAGUUGACGUUCAUCGCAGAGUUCCUCAGGGGUUUCGACAAGAACGAUACUGGUAGUCGAAGGAAAGGGGUGAACCUGGAGAAACUGGGGCAGUACCUGCGCCGAGAGAGCCUUCAGAUUCCCCUGACCCCAGAGGGUAGUGAGUGGGCGAUCCUCUUAACCGAGAACAAGUGCCUGCACGAUCAUCCUCUCAUAGUCAAGCAGGAUCUGAACUGCUCGUUGCUCCAGUCACACCUGAAGCUCGUGGAGGCGGUCACAGGGGUCUUCUCUGAGGCUUACAAAGGCCUCACGUCUCAUUUCGUGGUUAGUUCAACAGUUCUACCGACAUUCGAAGCCUCCACGUGCACUCAGGUGGUGAAUCUCGAAGGGGAUCUCGUCAUCGCAGCCUCUGAUGGGGAUCACAGGUCCCUCAGGAUUUUCAAAGUCACCUCUGGAGUUGGCGAGGGAAAACUAGGGUUCAAAGCUUCAGUUAUUUCUGUUGAUAACAAGCACACGUCCUUCUCCAAGACCAUCACCGAUUUUACCAUCAGUGAUAUGCAGUUCUACUCGCCCCAGUUCCUCAGUCUUCUGUUAUUAAACCAGAAUAAUCUCGCUUCGACUCUGGUGCAGCUGAACAUCAGUGAGGAACAGAUAUUCAAUGAUCAGGAGGGGGACCCCGUGUUUCUGAGUGAAUUGGUCGGGCCCAACUGGCCCAGGAGCUUUCAGGGAAUCUCUGCGAGACGACUGGCGGUCUCAGGCCCCAGAAAAGUCGCUGCUGUCCUCAGUGAGAACAGCAAGAAGAUCAGAUUACUCGAGACUGAGGUGGAGCCUGAGGACGAGGAGGACGAUGAGGAGGAUGAGACUGGGGACGACAGCUGGGAGACCUCUGGCAAUCUCAUGGAGACCUCCGGAAAUAAUACCUCUGGCGUCACUACGUGAGGAGCGACAGAAUGUGUGUAAAUAUGGGUAAAUGUUCUUUUUUAUUCAUUAAGUAUUUGUUUAUUAAAUUCGUGAAAAUGA